AUGGAGGGAGGAAGAAUGGAAAUUAUCAAUUGGUUGAAUGAUACACUUCAACUCAAUUAUACAAAGAUUGAACAGACGGCUACGGGAGCAGCUCACUGUCAGAUUAUGGAUUUACUCUUCCCAGGAAAGAUCAAUCUUGCCAAAGUUAACUUUAACGCUAAAUACGAUUACGAAUAUGUAAAGAACUUUGGUUAUCUUCAGGAGAUUUUUGCAAAGAUUGCAAAGAUUGAAAAGUAUCAUAUGGAUGUUGACAAGAUGGUUACUGGAAGACCACAAGCUAAUCUUGAAUUUUGUCAAUGGAUGAAAAAGUACUUUGAUUCAAUGAAUAAUGGAGAACCAUACAAUGCUCUUGAAAGAAGAGUACAAAGUAGAUGUGCAUAUGAAGGUGACAAGGCAUUGAUUGCUGCAUUGGGUCCAAAUGCUCCUAAACCACCACCAGCUGCACCAAAGACUGCUGCUGGUGGUGCUGGUGCCAAACCAUCUGCAUCUGCACUUUCCAAACCAUCUGCAACUAAACCAGUUGCUGCCGCCGCCGCUACAGUAACCAAACCAGUUGCUACCACUACUGUCAAGAAACCAGCUGCAACUGUAUCUAAACCAGUUGCCACAACUACAACCACCACAGCUGCCCGUCCAUCUGUAUCUAAACCCCCUGCUACAUCAACCGUCACUAGACCAUCUAUCACUCCAGCCGCCAAACCACAACCAACUGUUUUUAAACCAACUACUGCUGCUGCCAAACCAAAACCAUCAGCUCCAUCACCUGUACCAGCAGCAGCUUCUACAACUACGACACAAGUGAUUGAACAAAUAAAAACUGUAACAAUAGUAGAUCCAGAACUUGUAAAGGAAUUGGAACAAACCAAAGAAGACAAUCAAAGAUUAUUGGAAGAAAAUACCAAAGCUAAAAUACAAGUAGAAGAGGUCGAAAGAGACCGAGACUUUUUCUAUGAAAAGUUGAGAGACGUUGAAAUAUUCUGUCAAGACAAUAUCAAACUCGAAGGCACUGCUGAAGAGGCUAUUGCUCAAAUCUUGGCCAUUCUCUACAAAAAUGCUGAAAAUGAUGGUGAAGAAGAAGAAUUAUUAGAAGAGGAACCAGCUGUACAAGUUGAAAUUGUUGAUGGUGAUGGAGAUGAUGAACAACAAGAAGAACAACAAGAAGAACAAGAAGAAGAAUUAAUCCAAGAAGAUGAACAAGAAGAAGAAAAUAUUCAAGAAGAUGAUGAAGAUGCAAUCAUGAACAAACUUCAACAAGAAGAUGAAAUAAUUGACGACGAUUUAGUAAUUGAUGAUGAAGUACUCGAAGAAAUGGAUGAAUUCUAA